AUGAGCGAUCGGUCUCCUUCCGAAGAGUCUCUUGAAGAGCUCGCCAACUCCGCAUGGAGUUACGCUGCAUCGGAACACUCCGCGGCAAUGUGGCCAGCUUGCGAAGCUGACAGGGAAGAUGAGCCACAAGCAGAUGAGCCACAAGCAGAUGAAUCUUCCUCAGCGGCAGCAUCGGUGGCGUGCAAAGCUGACACGGAAGAGGAACCAGAAGCAAAGGAAUCUCCUUUGGCGAAACUUAUCAUGGAAGAUUUGGCUGCCGGACCACCUUUAAAAUGCACCGUAUGGAAUCAUGCAUUUCAUACAUUGAAUGCAAUGCCUUCCAGCAAAAGGACUGCCAGAGCGCUGGUCAAUUUGCUCCAACCGGCUAUCCGCGACGAGAAUGAACACUGGGUAAAGCUCACCGCCAUGAGCGAGUCUCUUCACAUCGAAUCAAUCCGGACUCUACAGUUUAACAACGAAGUCUGGGAAUGUAUCCAACAUCUUGCAGGAUACACGCCGCCAUCCUGGGAUGACUGGGUGAGCUGCAACAGUGCCUCGGAAUGGCUUGACUUGCAAGAUAUAGUGAGAGCGCUACAGAGCAUAUGUGACCGUAUCGGAAAAUGCUUUGGAGACCGUUUACUAAGCGAUUAUGACCUUCCAAGGGGGGUCAAGCGAUAUGAAUUACUAUGGAAGACCGUGGUGGAAAUCUUGGGAGAGGGAAGAAAGGGAGAUCGGAUGCAGGCAUAUGUCGAUGCGCUACUUGAGUCAUCGUCGUUGCCGAGUUCUUUUCAUUGA